UUCUCUGAAAGAGAAGAAAGAAAGAAAGAACCCGUCCCCGCAUUAAAAAACCCUAGAGAGAGAAAAUCACAUUAACCAUUUCCAUCUCCAUCGCCAUCGCCAUUAGGGAAUGCAAAGAAAUGGGGAGAGCUUCGUUCUCUAAGCCUGAUUCCUUAGGUAGAGCCACGAAAUCCCCCGGCGGCAGAAAUUGCCACCGAAAACACGUUGAGGACGGCUAAACCCGCCGCCCCAUCCCCACCUCCAACUACCUCUCACCCCCUUCACCGAUUAUUAGAUUCUAUUUUCCAAUUCAACGCAAUUCAAUUACCUGAGUUUCAACAUCAGAAAACGUUAACAGCACCGGCCGAUACAAAAGUAAAUAACCUUUUUAUCUCGUCAAGUUGUCAACUAACAUGAUGGAUAAAGGCGAGAAAUGCCCGGGCAACAGCGUUUUGCAUGGGAAGUACGAGCUAGGGAGGAUCCUCGGGCACGGGACCUUCGCGAAGGUGUACCACGCGCGGAACCUGAAGACGGGAAAGAGCGUGGCGAUGAAGGUGGUCGGAAAGGAAAAGGUGACCAAAGUCGGGAUGACGGAGCAGGUGAAGAGAGAGAUUGCCGUCAUGAAGAUGGUCGAGCACCCGAACAUCGUCGAGCUCAUCGAGGUCAUGGCCAGCAAAACGAAGGUGUAUUUUGCCAUGGAAUAUCUGCGCGGCGGCGAGUUGUUCUCCAAGAUAGCCAAGGGGAGGCUCAAGGAGGACGCGGCCAGGAGCUACUUCCAGCAGCUGAUCUCGGCCGUGGAUUUCUGCCACAGCCGCGGCGUCUACCAUCGCGAUCUGAAGCCCGAGAAUCUGCUGCUCGAUGAGGAAGGUAACCUGAAGGUGACCGACUUCGGUCUCUCGGCCUUUUCGGAUCACCUGAGGCAGGACGGGCUGCUGCACACGACGUGCGGGACCCCGGCGUACGUGGCUCCCGAGGUGAUCGGGAAGAGAGGCUACGACGGCGCCAAGGCGGACAUAUGGUCGUGCGGGGUUAUUCUUUUCGUGCUGCUGGCGGGGUUUCUACCGUUCCAGGACGAUAACCUCGUGGCGAUGUACAAGAAGAUUUACCGGGGCGAUUUCAAGUGCCCGCCGUGGUUCUCUCCGGAAUCGCGGCGGUUGAUCACGAGGCUGCUGGAUCCGAAUCCCAGCACCCGGAUCACUGCCUCGAAAAUCAUGGAAUCGUCGUGGUUCAAGAGAUCGAUUCCGAAGUCUAUUACAAUCAGGGAGGACGAGAUCCUGAAGAGCGAUGAUGUUUGUAUCAUGGGGAAGGAGACGGAGACGUUGAAUGCGUUUCACAUAAUCUCGUUAUCGGAGGGGUUUGAUUUGUCUCCGUUGUUCGAGGAGAAGAAGAGGGAGGAGAAGGAGGAGCUGAGGUUCGCGACGACGAGGCCGGCGAGCAGCGUGGUGUCGAGGCUGGAGGAGGUGGCGGCGAAGGCGGCGGGGAAGUUCAGCGUCAAGAAGAGCGGGGACGACUCCAGCGUGAGGCUGCAGGGGGAGGAGAACGGACGGAAAGGGAAGCUGGCGAUCACGGCGGAGAUUUUCGCCGUGGCGCCGUCGUUCCUGGUGGUGGAGGUGAGGAAGUCGAGCGGGGAUACGUUGGAGUACAACCAGUUCUGCAGCAAGGAGCUCCGGCCUGCGCUGAAAGACAUCGUGUACUGGACUUCAGCUGCUGUUGAGAAUUGAUUCAGCAAUUGCUUGAUUCAUUUGAAAUCUUGGAUCCCCAGGUGUGAAUUAUAAAUAAUUAUUGCUAGUUGAUGUGUUAAAAUGGGUUGUUGGUGGUGUUGGUCUUGUUAUUAGAGUUGUCGAUGAAAUCGUAUAACUAUACGAUUCGUGAAAGAAGGGUCAGAAUCAGGUUCAAGGCAAGGGUUUGAGUCUUGAGAGUUUGUUUCACUAGUACUAGUUUUUUUAAUUGAAGCUCCCAUGUGGAUUGUGAUUCCUAUGUUUUUCUCUUUCCAAGAAUUUCUUGUGUGAUGUUUGUAUGAAUUUGUUGAUUUUAUUGGGAAGUGGGAAUGGUGGUUGAAUCAGAA